AUGGCGUCUAACUCUUCGCAAGAGACCGGCUUUGCUGCCAAACAAGCCACCGCUGCAGCUGCCGCGCAGUUUGCAGGCUACUCUUCCUUCUAUGCAAAAAACUCACCAGCGCCACCACAAAUCCAACAGCAGGCACAAUUUUAUCACUCCGCUGGUCUACCGCCGCCUCGUCCAAGCACAUUUGCAGUACCCCGUGGCCCUCCUCCACCUCGUCCACCACCUUUAUCUAAUCAUGUGUUUCGUCCACCGCCUCCACCAAAGCAUCUCGUAUUAAAUGGACGUGGACCGCCACCCCUGCGUCCGCCACCUCGACCGACAACGUCCUCGUCUCCGUGGCAAUGGAGUAAUGGCACUCAUGUUCAAGCUACAGCUUUAGGAAGUUCAGUCACUUCCGCACCACCUGUGAAGUUUAAAAUUAAUCCGCAGGUACGUGGACCUCCUCCUAGGAGCUUUAGGCCGCCGCCUGGACUUUUUUCAGCACCAACGCCUGCUGCUCCGGUUGCUACUGCUUCACCUAUGGGAGGUAAUAUUAAGUGGCCUGAUGCUCUGCACGAUUAUGUCAAGCGAGCGUUUGCGCGGUGCAAGGGGGCAGCAGAUCAGACGCUAACCCAAAAUUCUUUGAAAGAGAUGAUUACGAAUGCCAUUAUGUCUAAUAGUCUAUGGACAAAAAAUUGGACUGCAGAACCCUUGCCAAUGCUUGUUGGAGACACAUCUGCGACAACCAUGCAGAUUAAGAUGGGGACGGCGGGACCUGUGCCUGCAGUUGCUGGGUGUGACCAUGCAUCUUCGCUUAGUAGCAAUAGUACGCAGCCCAUUGAGAAUCCUGAAAUUAAAACACCUUCUCGCAGAAAGAACAAGGGAAUUAAACGCAAAAAUGAUGGGUUUGUAAUUGAAAACGCCGAUCUGCAGCGUAAAGAUCAGAGAAGACAGCGCUUUUGUAUGACUCAAAAGGAACUAGAUAGAAUGGUGACUCCCGAUGUGGAUACGAAGAAGUUGCAGGUUUUAACGCAGGAAGGCGAUCUGGAUCUUGCAGCUAUGGUUAUCAAAGGUACUAGUCAGACGGUUGAAAAGGAAUAUUUGCGAUUAACUUCUCCACCCCAUCCUUCGACCGUGAGACCUGAGCCAGUGCUACACAAAUCGCUGGAGCUCGUUAAGUCGAAGUGGAAGCAGGGUGAUGGAGAUUAUUUAUAUGCCUGUAGUCAGCUCAAGUCUAUUCGUCAAGACUGUACGGUGCAGCAUAUUAAGAACGAAUUUACUGUGUCCGUGUACGAAACUCACGCGCGAGUUGCCCUCGAGUCUGGCGAUAUUAAUGAGUUCAAUCAGUGCCAGACGCAACUUCAUGAAUUAUAUGAGAAACUUAUCCCCGGCGAGGUGACUGAGUUCCUCGCGUACCGCAUCUUGUAUUGUGUGUACGUUUCUUUGCAAUCUAAGAAGGGUGAUUCAAAUGCAGGGCAGCUUGGCAUGUACAAUGUACUUGCUAUGGUCACUCCUUCGAUGCGUUCAGAAUCAGCGAUUGCUCACGCGCUGGAUGUGCGUCAGGCGGUAGCUUUAAAUGAUUAUCAUCGUUUUUUUAAACUCUAUGUAGGUGCUCCAAAUAUGGCGGGUUAUUUGAUGGACGUGAUGGUCCCUGCGAUCCGAUUAAGUGCGCUUCGAGCUAUGUGCAAAGCGUAUCGUCCGGCACUUCCGGUGCAGCAUAUCCGCAAAGAACUCAAGCUUGAAGGAAAGGCGGGAAAGGCCUUUAUCCGUCAGUCAGGUCUUGCAUUUGUAAAGGGUGACAAGCUGCGUGUGGACACAAAGAGCUCUAAUAUUGUGUGGACGCUAAGCGAUGCCUCGUCGCUUAUUUAG